UGAGUUUACUUAUAUAUAAAAACAGGGGACUAAAAGUAUAGAUGUAAUCUAGUAAAUGAAAUCCAUUCUUUUUAACUUUAGAAUUACAUUAUUCUAAUGGUUCUACCUAAUAAGGGUUAACUAUUACAUAAAUGACUUAGAUCAAAAUUACUCAGAAACAUUAUGUUAAAAAAACAAACAAACAAUAAAGCCCUCUGUUUUUACCAGUGUUCAUGCUUGAGAGCUGUUCUGACUUCUAGGAAGAGAUGUGUGAAUGCAUUUAGUGGUCAUUUCCACAGGGGUUCUGUUUCUUUAAGAGAAUAUGGUUGUUAAGUCAGAAGAUCAUUGAACCAUAUGAGGGUCAAUAAAAGAAUAAAAUCACUGGUUAGCGAUUCGAGUACAAGGAACUUGAUCCCAGUGUAUGCUGCUCACAGUCAACAGAGGAGUGCCAGAUCCUUGGCUGUUUGCUGCUCUUCAGGAUGUUUUCUGGCAGAAUAAUUAAGCUGGUGGUUUUUGAGCUUCUUGAGUUUGCUGCCUUUUCUGUCCCUACCCUUGUGAUAAUGGAACAGUUUGCUACUGCCUAUCAGAAGACAAGGGACAACUCUGACAGGACGCAUUAUUGGCUCAUUGUCUCCUGCUCCAUUGCCUAUGUGGCUGCAAUGAGUCUCUUGAUCUGGGUUCCGAUAAAAGUUGUCUUAUUCAAGAGAUGGCAUCUUUACAAAAAAAUUGUAGGAUGGAGACCUGUUCUGAUGAUGUGUGUGGUGCUCACCACGCUCCCCAGCUUCAGCUUUUCUAUAGCAGUCACCGAGGUUCAAAAGAAUUUCAAUGGGUCACUUAAUUCAGUGCCUGACUCCUUGCCUGACCUUCCAGUGUCUCUGGUUCUGUUCUCCCUGAUCGUGGUUGACAUUAUUGAGAAACUCAGGAUAUACCCUCUAAGAGGGAGUCAACAAAGUCAUGAAGACAAUGACAUCCAUAUAACCUCUUUGCAACAGAUAAAAACUGUGACAGAACAGGUGGUCCAUGGUGAUGAAAAUCCUGCACCUGCCCAGGCAGCCAAGCCCACUGUGAUGUCCCAGCCCCACCACCACGUGACAGUGCUGGUGGGGCCACUGGAGCCCUCAUUUCACUCUGGAAUCCUGAGGACAAUGUCUCACAGAGAUGUCCGAGCCGAGCUGUUCCUGCGAAGCUUCCUCACGUGGUCAGACACUAUAGAAAUGUUGCGUGUGGCUGGGCACCACUCCGUGUACAAGUCGGGUUGGCUGUACCCGGUCUACAUAUUCAGUUACAUAUCUCUCCUGCGAAUGGUCUUCACGCCUAAGAACCCUCUUCUCAAUUCCAUGGGGGUCCUGCUGCAGGAUUUACCCUUUGUUUUUCUUAGAUUCAGUUUAAUCAUUGCCCUGGGGACUAUCACACCAGUACUGGGCCUUUGUAAAAAUGUCCUAGUGACUGUCUCCUAUGUUUACUUCAAUUAUGUCACCAAGCUCAGGCCUUUCUCUGCCUUUGAAACCUCUCCAUUUUAAGCAGCAAAUGUUAAGAAAGUAAGUCCUCCUGAUGAUGCAUAUAAACACAUUUGUAUAGUGUUUCUAAGCAGAAGCUUUUGCACUA